AUGACAGCAGGGUGUGCCAACGUUUCUCUCAUUCGCCAAGGGUCUAGGGGUCAAGUCACAGCCCCCGCCCCUCUGCUCGGGCUCCAGGCAGCCCAGAGGAAAGAAGGCUUUCAGACUCAUGGCAUCGUCCCUGUAAACUUGAUCCCCGUCUUAGAUGAGGGGCAGGAGUCUGGGGAGGUGGAGCUGCGUUACAAGCAGGUCUGCUGGCUCCAAGACCGCGCUCCUGGCUCUGCAGCAUCCGCCUCUGCGAGGGAGCGGGUGGCGGGGUUAGGGACCCGGCUGUCCCCGCUCCCGCGCGCCUCCACCCCCGCUGCCACCCCGCCCCGUGCCCGGCUCCCGCGCGCCCGCGCUGCUGGGGCGCCGGCUCUGCGGGCGGCUGCGGCUCGGCGGGGCAGGGCAGGCGCGGCGCGCUCGGCGCGGCUCCGGAGCGCGGCGGGCCAGGGUGCGGACGCCGGCCCUCGCACCGGGCCGGCCUGGGGGGCCCGCAGGGCGCGCGGAGCGCCGAGUGCGUGUCGGGCGGGGCCCCGCAUCCGGGCGCAGGAGCGCGGGCGCGGCGUGCCGGAGCGCCCCGCAUGGAGCCGGCGCAGGAGCCGCCGGGCGGGAGCCCCGCGCGGCCCGGGCGCCGCCGCCCGCCACGCCCGCGCCGCCCGCCGCGCGCCCAGGCCGCGCCGCCCGAGGCCGGCCGCGGACGGUAGCGGAGGUGACCGCGGCCCCGAGGGGCUGCUGCGGCGAUCCGGGUCGGGCUACGAGGGCAGCACCAGCUGGAAGGCGGCCUUGGAGGACACCACCACGCGUCUCCUGCUGGGCGCCAUCGCGGUCCUUCUGUUCGCCAUCCUGGUGGUGAUGAGCAUCUUGGCUUCCAAGGGCUGUAUCAAGUGCGAAGCGCCCUGCCCGGAGGACUGGCUGCUCUACGGAAGGAAGUGCUACUUCUUUUCUGAGGAACAGAGAGACUGGAACACGGGCAGGCAGUACUGCCACACCCACGAGGCCGCGCUGGCUGUGAUCCAGAGCCAGAAGGAGAUGGAAUUCAUGUUCAAGUUCACGCGGAGGGAGCCCUGGAUUGGACUACGCAGAGUCGGGGACGAAUUCCACUGGGUCAACGGGGACCCGUUUGACCCGGACACGUUCACCAUCUCAGGCCCCGGGGAGUGUGUCUUCGUGGAGCCCACCAGGCUGGUGUCUACGGAGUGUCUCAUGACCCGGCCGUGGGUGUGCAGCAAGAUGGCCUACACGUGAGGUGGGCACCUCCUCCCAGGCCCGAGGGAGGUGCCCACUCUGAGACCUGCCUCCAGCGGGAGCCACCUGCCCUCUCCAACAACGCAGUUGGGGGGUUGCCUCCACCCUGGGCCCCUCUCCCAGGCCCUGGAGCACUGAGUCCCUGGCUCCUGGUCUCCUCUGUCCCCAGGCAAGUCAUGUGGCCCAUAUGCUAAGUAGUGUAGGCAUCUGUCCCCCAUACACACACAUGCACACGCUCAUGCACACGCUCGUGUACGCACACGCAGUCUCCUCUCAAGUUCAGAGUCCACCCUGAGCCACCCACAAGUGCUUCGUCACUGCAACCCUGGUGCUUUGGGGGACUGCCACAGGUGGUAUUCCUGUUGGCACAGCAGCCCUGCAUUCCAGAGGUUGCUCUCCUGGUUGCCAGGGGAGGUGGCAGGGACAGCUUUGCCCUCGCCUGGGCCAGGCCGGUCCAGGGCCCUGCAGGUCCCCUGCAUCCGCCCUCCCUGCCCUGCCCGGGGUUCUCAGGCCGGGCCCCUGCUGUGUCCGUGGUGCUGUCGUACUGUCACUGAUGGAAUAAAGAGAUGGUUGGUGUCCAGAGAA